AUGGCAUCGAUUGAUAGGCUGAGCAGCUUGCCGGAGGGCAUCAUAUGCCACAUUCUCUCUUUUCUCCCGACAAAGCGCUCAGUGGCGACCAGUGUUCUCGGAAAAAGAUGGAGGUUUUUAUGGGCCCAUGUACCCUGUUUGGAGUUCAGUGGAUACGAUUUCAGGAAAGAAGAUUUUGGGGAAGAAGAAACUCAAUCCUGGGACGAUUUCAUGAAAGAAGCAACACAAGCCUCGAACAUCAUCCAUGGGAUUAUAUUGCGGCACAAGGCAAAAAGAAUGGAUUCUUUAACACUCGAUCACGUCUACUGCGACGAGGAUCAACUCGAGACAUGGAUAAAGACCGCCAUCGACCGUGGUGUCCGGAAUCUUCAUCUUGAACUUGACUUUGAUACAAUCCCUCAAUCCCUCUUCAAUUGCAAAACCAUUGUCGACUUGAAGCUUGAUAAGAUUAGAAUGUCACUCUCUGAUGUGGGCAAUGUCUCUCUGCCUAGCCUCAAGAAGUUUUAUGUUUACAAUCUGAUAAGCGAGAAUGAUGAUGUGCUUCCUCGCUUUCUUUCCGGUUGUCCGUCACUCGAGGAGUUGAAUAUGGUAUUCACUUUCAGGGAGGAAAAUGAUUAUGUUGGCUGCAAAAACAUAUCAUCACCCAAGCUAAAGACGCUUAAGCUCAAUCUUGUCGAUUUGUUUUGUCCAUGGCAACCUGAAUAUAGAAUGAUAAUAAAUGCCCCGGCCCUUAGGUAUCUCCAAGUGCAUGGCUAUGACUUGGAGUGUAUAACAAUUCCUAUAACCAUGAUCUCCUUAGUUGAGGCGGAUAUCCGCUUAGCAAAUUAUUGGCUCUCAAAUCUCAAAACGACGGUGGUGAAGUUUUUUCAUUCUCUAUGUUAUGUUAAGUGCCUAAAAAUAUCAUGUUGGAAAUUUGGGGAGUGUCACAUUCACUCCCCCCACCGUUCGUGUCUCCACCCUCUCCCCCGACAUCGGCCUCUCUGGGUCCCCCGGUCUCGCAGGCACCCUCUCCGGGUCCUCCGACGGGACUCUAAGAGUGGAGAUUCUGAAAACUCCAGUGAGUACGACUUCAUCUAUGGACAAGAUGUUUUCACCGACUUGAAUUCCGGCAGCUCGAGGGGAGUAAGGGCAUGGCUUUUUCAGAAGGAGGGGUCAUACGAGGUGGUUGAGAAGGAUAAAGCGGUAGUGGUGUUGGCGGAUGAUUGGGUUGAAAACCUUCAUUUGAACAAGCUUCCCGCCAACAUUAGGUUUAAUGUCGUGGAGACGAGAAUUGGAUCUCGGUGGUGGGACUUCUCCUCCACCGAGAUGAUGCUGCUUUGA